GCGCAAGGCACGCGACCAAUAGGAGAAGUCUUUACUCCCGCUAUCUACGCGGUGGAUAAUUUUUCAACUGAUGACGCACAGCAUCAGUAAACGAAAUUGGUACUGUCCCCGCAGUAGAAGUACGCGUAAAGGACUAUGAUGGCGAUGGUAGCCAAUGGGCGCUCAUGAGAGUGACGAUGGGACCAACCAGAAUAGCUCAGUUCCGUAGUCCGUCUGCAUAGGCUGCCUUGAGGCUCUACUAGACGAGCAAGGCUCAUAGUGAACGUCAUAUCGGAACGUCCACGGAGUUAACGGUCGUUGCUGAUAUAUAAGUGCUUGUGCACGGAUGGUGCAGGUGCAGCUUAACAUCCCACUACAACACAGCACCAACAUCGAGCACGUACGCUUACAACAAUACAAACUACACAAUGGCGACAGACACCAAAUUCGAAGGAUGGCUCGGCAAAGACAAGGAGAGUGUCAAGGGAAAGAUGGAGUGGGGUCAAUUUGAACCUAAAAAGUGGACCGAAGACGAUGUUGACAUUGAGAUCUCUCACUGCGGUAUCUGUGGAUCAGACUUGCACAUGUUGAAAUCUGGCUGGGGACCUACACCAUACCCCUGCGUCGUCGGUCACGAGAUCAUCGGCAAAGCCGUCAAGGUUGGCAAGAACGUCAAGCACGUCAAGCAGGGCGACCGUGUCGGUGUCGGCGCGCAAGCACGCUCAUGCCUUCAACCGGACUGUCCCGAUUGCUCGAACGGCAUUGAGAACCAUUGCCACCGCGAGACAGUAAACACUUAUGGCUCCAUCUACCCACGCGACGAGGGCAAGAGCUAUGGUGGAUACGCUACACACAACCGCACAAAUGGGCACUUCGUCCUAAAUAUCCCUGACGGCUUAGAUAGUGCGGAUGCUGCGCCGAUGCUCUGCGGUGGAAUCACCGUGUACUCCCCGUUGAAGCGUUAUGGCUGCGGUCCUGGCAAAACUGUCGGAAUUGUUGGAGUAGGAGGCUUGGGUCAUUUCGGUGUUCUCUUUGCCAAAGCCCUGGGUGCAGACAAGGUCGUCGGUAUAAGCCGUAAGGCUGAGAAGCGCGACGAUGUUCUCAAGCUAGGCGCUGACCUCUACGUCUCCACUGACGAAGAUAAGGAUUGGGCCAAGCACAACGCACAAACGCUCGAUCUCAUUGUAUGCACCGUUUCCAGCGCCAAGAUGCCUCUAGAUGGCUAUCUUGGCUUGCUCAAGACUCAUGGUACUUUCAUCCAAGUCGGAGCACCGGACGGCGGAGAGCUACCUCCCAUCAACGCCUUCACGCUUCUUUCUGGUGGACUCAAGGUUGGAGGCUCUGGCAUCGGUGCCCCAUGGGAGAUCAAGGAGAUGUUGGAGUUGGCGGCUGAGAAGAAGAUCAAGCCAUGGAUUCAGAAGAGGCCAAUGAAGGAGGCUAAUACCGCGGUUGUGGACAUGGAGGCAGGAAAAGCGAGGUAUAGGUAUGUUCUGGAGAACUAGAGAGGCAAUAUGCACAGCAACAUAGCUUUGUACGUAUGAGAGCGAAUAUAGACACUUUCACGCAAAGAUUCACCAUUGAUGAUAUGCUCUUGCAACACUUUGUGUGCG